AUGCGAUUGCUCGACACGAAAGAUACGGAGAACCUUCGAGUGCAGAAAUUCUCCCAACGGAAUAUCCCCUCGCACGCUAUUCUUUCUCAUAGGUGGGAGGAAGAAGAAGUCACCUUUGAAGAUAUCAAAAUUGGCAAUUUCAAUCAGAAGAAGGGUUUUGCGAAGCUAAAAGAGUGUCGCAGAAGAGCCAGGGAAGACAAAUAUGAUUGGGUCUGGGUUGACACAUGUUGCAUUGACAAAUCAAGCUCCGCGGAACUUAGUGAGGCCAUCAACUCAAUGUAUCGUUGGUAUCAAGAUUCUGCAGUUUGUUAUGCAUAUUUAUCUGACUUGGAGGAGAUCGGCUCUUUGGAUAAAAGCAAAUGGUUCUCUCGUGGAUGGACAUUGCAGGAACUCAUAGCACCACGUCAUGUACUACUGUUUGAUAUGCACUGGCGUCUAUUAGGAACGAAGGACGAGCAUGCAGCUGCUAUCGAACGCAUCACGGGUAUUCUCAGGGAUGUCAUACUCGGAAAUGUUUACCCAGGAUACUGCAAUGCUGCCCAAAGAAUUUCAUGGGCUUCAAAACGAGAAACUACCCGGGAAGAAGACAUGGCAUACUGUUUAAUGGGACUGUUCAAUAUUCAUAUGCUGCCGAUGUAUGGGGAAGGCUCCGAAAAUGCGUUUCUUCGACUUCAACAAGAGAUUCUUAAGCGAAAUUCAGACCAGACGCUGUUUUUAUGGACGGCUGCUCAUGAGCCUUACAAUCAAGGUCUACUAGCAACUUCUCCAAGUGCCUUUUGCACUCAUGAUGACUGCUUUAGUUGGCUGCCACUCUCUUCGAGGUCUGAUUCCUGGAUUCCAUAUACUUCACUUCUUCCAUCAAAUCAUACCCCUCGCACUUUGCAGUACGACGAGCAAAAUACCAGAUAUAUCAAUGGUCCUUUGAUUGAUGUACAAUCUUCUUUUGGAUCUAAUGGACUACAAUUGCCUCUACUUUUAAAUGACAACAGCCAUGUUUCACUCAGCGUCAACGGUACACUUCCACACUCUCCUAUAAUAAUAUGCCUCGAUAUUUUGACUUGGCAUAAUGAUAGAAUCUUUCUAACCUUGAUGCCGGAACACCCCCCAAGCCCUUAUACUUCUAGAAUGAGCAUAGACCGAAUGGGAGCUUUUCGACGUCCGGCUUCCACAACUCUUGAAUCCAGACCUCGAAUCAAUAUGCCUUUAUCCAUGGAGCGGCAAACGAUUACCGUUUCUCAAGUCGAUACAUCAAAAUCCGGCAGUCCCGGGAAGUUUAUAUUUUCCCCCAUACUACCAUCUGGAAUAAGAUUCAGCAAGGCUUUUAUUUUUCAAUCUGAUACCUCGAGCAGUCAUUUGAAUUCUUUUUCUGAACCAUUUGAGUGUGUUGGAGGUGUUGUUUUAUUUAAUAUAUCGCCACAACACUGUAACCAUGAACAAGUGAUGCUGGCCUUUGGCACCCGGCAACGACUUUCACCAUCCUGGUGCACUUUAGUUGGAAGUCACCAGAAAUUUUCAGAUUCAGAGAUCAAGCAUCUAUAUCCCGAGAAGAAUGCUCUCAAUUCUCGCUUGAAUUCUCGUUCAUAUCUUUCUCUAUGUGGCACAGUGCAUUAUGCAUAUAUCAAUGUUUUACACGAUGUACAUACCAUACAUUUAGAUUCAUGA